CCGAGCAGCACUUGAAGGCGGCACCAACUGAUAAAAACGCGCUUGCAUUGUGUCGAGGAGGAAGCAGCAAAGAUGGAGGAGUACCAGUCCAAACAAGUGCCCGAGAACCUCGACGACCCUCCCAACAGCAGACUGUUCGCGGUCACAAGCCGGUCCAUCACCGAAGAUGAGCUCCGAGAGAGUUUCUCCGUGUUCGGGGAUAUCCAGGGAGUGUGGGUCGUCAAAGACAAACAGACAAAGGAGUCCAAAGGCAUCUCUUACGUGAAGUUCGCCAAGUCCUCGCAGGCCUGCUUGGCCAUGGAGGAAAUGCACGGCAAAGUGCUGAUGGAGGGGACGAAACCCAUCAAGGUGUUCAUCGCCCAGUCACGCUCUUCAAACAGACACCGAGACGUUGAGGACGAGGAGCUGACCAGGAUCUUUGUCAUGAUCCCCAAAACGUUCACAGAGGAAGAUCUGAAAGACACUUUUAAAGAGUACGGCGAUAUCGAGUAUUGUGUGAUCAUCAAGAAUAAGUUCACAGGGGAGAGUAAAGGCCUCGGCUACGUGAGAUACUACAAACCAUCCCAAGCUGCCCUCGCUAUAGAGAACUGUGACAAAACUUACAGGGCCAUCCUGGCUGAACCACGCACCAAAGCCGCAGCGACAGACGAAUACUCCGGGGGAGGGGGAGGGGGCCGAGGCGAUUACGUGCCCAGCGUGGACUCCAUGAACCAGUAUGCCUUACCAAUGGCUGACCCCGGCAACUACCCGGUGAUGGACUACCGCUCGGGCGACUUCACACGCUGCCUCAUGAUGUCGACGCGAGCCGCACUCACCCAGGAGCAGAUCUUUGCUCUGUUCGACCUCAUUCCCGGCAUGGAGUACUGCGAGCUGCAGAGAGACGCUUACGGGAUGAGCAAAGGUCACGCUCUGAUUCGCUAUAGCAAUCUUGGAUCAGCGGUUUACGCCAAGGAAAAGCUAAACGGCUUUGAAUAUCCGCCCGGCAACAGACUGGCAGUAAACUUUGUGGACGACGGAGAGGACCGCAGCAGCCCCGUAGGUCGUAUGGCCAUGCAGUUUGUCGCAACCCAGAUGAUGUCUGCGGUGUGGAACGGACCCUCAACCAGUCAGGUGAUGAAACCCCCCGGCUUCCAGGCCGUCUCCCCGAUGUCCCGGGUUCAGACGGACGUUAACCUGCCCCCUCUGAAGAAGCUCGCUCCACCUGACAGCAAGUCGAAGGAGCGCUUGUUCGUGGUGUUCAGCCCCUCCCCGCUGCCCCCGGACGUGCUGGAGGACGUUUUCUGUCGCUUUGGGUCCCUGAUUGAAGUCCAUUUGGUUCCUGGGAGGAAAGUUGGAUAUAUGAAGUAUGCAGAUAAACAGUGUGCUGACGAGGCCAUGGCGGCGCUCCACGGUCGCGUCGUCAACGGCGUGAAGAUGAAGGUGAUGCUGGCGGAUCCUCCCAGAGAAGAAUCUCACAAGCGCCCCCGUAACUUCUAGGAAAUGACCGGCGACUGUUGUCAUGACACAAUGACACCUGACCUGACAAGACCCGACCGACCGACAUCAAGACCUUCUCCUGACCCCUGACACGACCUUUGACACCUGUCUGACCUUACCUCUGGUCAGUGACCUUGCUGUGACUCACUGAGUACACAAUAGCAUCCAGUCUUAAUCGUAUCCAGUCUGUGAGCAGCAGCAGCAGCCAUGUUAGUGUGUGUAGUCUCUGCUUCUUCUUUUUUAUGCUCUUUGUUUUUAUGAUUUGGACUUUAAUGUUCAGCAGUAGUACUCUGAUUUAUCAAGAGACAACUGAAGGAAGUUAGAAUGUGAAUUAUGUUGUAGUUCAGGUGGUUUGCAGCAUUUUCUCCUUUAGGUCUGUUCAGCUUAAAUAAAUAAACCAGGAUUUGUAAAGUUGGAUCUCAGUUUAGUUCAGUCAGAUCUGCUCGUUUUUUCUUUUUAUGAGAUGACAUGUAAUCCAUGACAUGUAAUCCAGCUCAAAGGUGUUCGUCAGACUGUCAACUUUUAUUUUGUCUCAAUAAAGAUCAGUUGAACACAC